ACACACACAAACUGUGAACUGAACAUGUGAUAUCCUGAGAGUGGAGCCUGCCAUGGAAGAUCGCGCGUGCUGGAAUUAAAACCCUCCACCUUCUUGGUUCUCAAUCCAGAAAUUCGAGAAGAGCAAGUGAAAAGAGACACCAGACAGUGAAAUCUUGGAUAACUACACCAAGACCCGCGACGACAGCCGUAGAGGUUGCAGCGACUGCUGCCAAGGUGUGGACAUUGAAGACGCAGUUUACAACGCUCGCUCAACGGGAUGCGAUGGUCGCGGGUCGUCACUCAGCCCCAGGGGGGCCCUGUGCUUUUCCUCCCUAUCCUCGGGAUUCUUUCUUCGUGAACCUCUGGCUGCUAGUGGGCAGACCAGCAAACCUCCACUCAUACAUGUCAGGGAAAACUCAAACAGUUCGUGGAAAAUUUUCUUCGCCAUGAAUUUUUUUUGUAAUUCACUCAUCUUCUUAUUUUUAAUGGUGUAAUAUCAUCUUUGUUAUGUGUACUGUUAGCUGUGCAUCAUAAAUCGGUGAUCGCUGCAGUCAGUCUGUGACGUAUUGUUGGUUACACGGUGAUGCCAAGACACAAAUAACAAACAACCACCAUUGGAGGAAAACAAAGAAUUAUCAGGACAUAUUAUUGCACUGUGCAAACUCUGUCAAAAACUGCUGCACAGAAACUGUGUCUGAGAGACGGAGAAAAAAAAAAGAGAAACAGUACACCAAAGAUGAUGGAUGCCUUUUCGGAAUCUGUCGAUUCCACGGACUGGCUUGACCAAUGCUUGGAGUCCAGCCGGCCAGCAAUGGCUGACGUCACAGAGCAGGACCGGUCAACCAUUCCGUGCAGUGGAAGUGGUGAUGAAACAGACGAUAAAGUUGAGAAUCUACAUCGGAAUCGCGGUGGAUCAAAGCCUCAUUCAACGCCACUAACGCUGAAAUGGCUUGAGGAGAAUUACGAGAUUGCCGAGGGCGUGUGCAUCCCCCGCAGUACUCUGUAUUAUCACUACCUGGACUUUUGUCAAGCUAACGACACUCAGCCAGUGAAUGCUGCCAGCUUCGGCAAGAUAAUCCGUCAGCAGUUUCCUCAGAUUACCACCAGGAGACUGGGCACUCGGGGGCAAUCCAAAUAUCAUUACUAUGGUAUUGGAGUUCGGGAAACAUCUUCGUACUACGACAUCAUUUAUUCUGCGAAAGGUGUACAAAGUGUCGGUGAUGGAAAGAAGGAAAAUACUAAACAGAUGGUAGCCUACUCUCCGAGGUCCAAACUGGGAACGCUGCUGCCAGAGUUUCCAAAUAUUAAAGAUGUCAAAAUACCAGCAGGUGUGGAAGAGGGCAAGGUGUUAACAUUCUUGAUGAUGUACCGAACUCAUUGUCAGAGGAUCCUAGACACAGUGAUACGAGCCAACUUCGACGAGGUGCAGAACUUCCUACUUCACUUCUGGCAGGGCAUGCCUCCACACAUCGUCCCUAUUCUCGACUCGCCAACCAUCGUCAUGCUCGUUGGUGUCUGCGACUCCAUCCUGUACAGGGCCAUCGCCGCCGUCCUCAUGCCCACCGUGCUACAGGCCUUACCUGACAGCCUAACGCAGGUCAUCAGACGCUUCGCCAAACAGCUGGACGAGUGGCUGAAGACGGCCCUGAGUUCGCUUCCACAAGGGUUGCAGAACAUCAAGUUUGACUUGGCCAGGAGGUUUGCUCAGGUGCUGCGGCGUCAGACAUCGUUGAACCACCUGUGUCAGGCUGCACGCAGCGUGCUGCAGAGUUCAGAGGUCACUGCGCAGCUCCUGGACGACUGGUUGACCGUGGACCUCAACAGCAUUGUCAAGCAGACGCUGUACACCAUGGACCAGUACAGCGACCGCGACCACUCACUCAUCGUCAGCUUGUGUAGUGAAUUUGAGCGGCUACUCGAAGAGCAAGCACCGAUAGAAUCGUACAUAGAGUGGCUGGACAUCAUGGUGGACAGGUGUGUGGUCAAGCCCAGCUCCAGCAGGCCCAGAUCGCUUCGUCGUAUCGCGCGGCAGUUUCUGUUGAUGUGGUCGUGCUUCGGCACACGUGUCAUCCGCGACAUGACACUCCACAGCGCCCCCAGCUUCGGUUCAUUUCACCUGUUGCACUUGAUGUUUGAUGACUACGUCUUGUACCGCAUCGAGGCUCUCCACAGCCAGGAAAGGGCACUAGAGUUCAUGAGGAUUGUGAGAGGAGAAGAUUUACCUGGUGACCCGUCUGAUGACCUCAUCCUGCCUGACCCCUCGGCGCUGAAAGAAAACCUACAGCCAAUGACGUCACUGAGUGGUCCACCGGGACUAGUCUGCCAGGACAGAAUAUCGGUCAUCACGUCCAACCGCAGCAUUCUGCCGGACCUACAGGAUUACGACAGUCCGCAAGAUGGCUACACCACGGACGAGUCCAGCUCUCUAGACCAGAUGCCGUCACCAAGAGGUCUCGGUGACAGUCUGCGCCGAUCCUCAACUUUGACCCCGCCAGCGGCUCAGCACCCAAACAACAUGGCGGUGUACGCUGCUGGACCAUCCAGCCACUACUCGUCACAGUUCAAGAACAUGGCGUCCGGCAUGAACAGCGGCUCACAUGCUCACCCCUUCUCCAACAUAGAGGGCGCCAUCAACGGCCCUGUACACCAGACACUUGGCGCAUCCAUGGAAGACCAGGGUGGCGCUCACCUUAUGAUGCACAACAACGGAAGGGUGACCGGCACUGAGUGGCACACGUCGCAGCCUACGCAAAGGCCGCACAGCAUGCUGGGAGAUUCGUCUGCAAUGCUUCGAGGGAACGAAGCUCUGACAUAUAGCAACUACACGCCAACGAUACGGCAUUCAGGAUAUGACGUCAGCAACUACCAGUAUGACGUGAACACUUCGAGUCAUAAAUUAACUUCUAUGACAGAGCAAGCCUACGUCUACCAAGGCUACAACGAGAUGAGUGACGUGUUCAUGACGUCACCGGCUCUCGGUCCAGAUCAGAACAAACGGCGAUUCGAAGGCGACCAAUCAGCGCGCUCGGGCAAGCGACACCCACGUGACAUGUUCUACUAUGAGCCCACAUUCACAAACAUUUAA